AUGUCCACCACAGCAGCCACAACCAGCGUUGAAAACGCUACUUCGGCUACCAACAGGGCCCAGAAGCAGCAGAAGGUCACUGCAAACCUCUACGCCAAGGACCUCAACGGUAAGGAGUUCAAGGCUCCGGACUUCACCAUCGCACAGGUGCUCAAUGUCAUUCCAAAGGAAUGCUUUAAAAGGGACUUGGUCAAGUCGCUUUCCUUUGUCGCCCGUGACAUUUUCUUCUUAUUCUUCUUCGGCUACCUCGCCGCAACGUUCAUCCCAAUGAUCCCCUCCAAGACCGUCCGGUUCUUCGCAUGGGCCGCAUACACCGUCAUCGAGUCGUUCCCUAUGGUCGGUCUCUGGAUCCUUGCUCACGAGUGCGGUCACCAGGCCUUCUCCGAGUACGGCUGGGUCAACGAUUUUGUUGGCUGGGUCUUGCACUCCUACUGCGGGAACCCAUACUUCAGCUGGAAGUUCUCCCACAAGAAGCACCACCAGCACACGGGCCACAUUGACAAAGACAUGGUGUUUAUUCCUCCUAGAACCAGCGAGUGGAAGGAGAAGAGAGGCGUCAUGUCGCUCUCCGAGGUCACCGCAGACUCCCCAAUCUCCUCCAUCAUCACCCUUAUCAUUCAGCAGACCGUUGGAUUCCAAACCUACCUCUUCAUUGAUGCAACCGGCCAAAAGCACCCAGAGUUGCAGGACAAGUGGUACAAGAAGUUUGUCGCAUCCCACUUCAACCCAGUGGCACCUAUUUUCGACAAGGGUGACUUCUGGUACAUCGUUCUGUCAGAUAUCGGUAUCUUGACAGUCGGUUAUUCCGUCUACCAGUGGAUCCAGCAUUUUGGAUGGUUCAACUGCAUGGUCAACUGGUUCAUUCCUUACCUUUUGGUCAACCACUGGAUUGUCUUCCUUACCUACUUACAGCACACCGACAUCACCUUGCCUCAUUACGAGGACAACGAGUGGAACUUUGCUAGAGGUGCAGGUGCCACUAUUGACAGAGAGUUUGGUUUCGUCGGCUGGUUCUUCUUCCACGACAUUAUCGAGACUCACGUCUUACACCAUUACGUCUCGAGAAUUCCAUUCUACAACGCAAGAAAGGCGACCGAGGCCGUCAAGAAGUUCAUUGGUGACGACUACAGAUACUCCGACGAGAACAUGUUUGUCACCCUCUGGAAAUCCCUCAGAUCCUGUGAGUUCGUUGAAGGCGACAACGGUGUCUUGAUGUACAGAAACCACAACGGCUUGGGUAUUCCACCAAUCGACAAAUGA